UCCCCUUUCCCCAUCACAAUAUAAUUCCAAUAUUCCAAAAUAAAAUAAAUAAAUAACUCACCCAUUCAGUUUCUUACAAUUUUCCCCUUUCCCCAUCACAUAAAUUCUCAACCAAACUAAAAAAAAAUUAGCAAAAUACCCACAGCAUAUUUCUUCUUCUACUAUCAUUAGUCCAUCUCACACUAAAAGAAAAAAAAAAACCACUUUCCUUUUAUUUCCCCGAAAUAAUUAAAUAAAUAAAUAAAUAAAAACACACCAUAAAUAGUCAACAACCCAACUUUCCUUUUCAUUAUCUUUUGUCUCAUCUUUUUUUAGGUGAAGGAGAGAAAUCAAAGGGAUAUGGCGAAGGAGAAGAUUAAGAUUAAGAAGAUCAACAACGCAACAGCGAGACAAGUUACUUUUUCGAAACGAAGAAGAGGCUUGUUCAAAAAAGCUGAAGAACUCUCCGUUUUGUGUGAAGCUGAUGUUGCUCUCAUCAUUUUCUCUUCCACCGGAAAGCUCUUUGAGUAUUCUAAUUUAAGCAUGAGGGAAAUACUUGAAAGGCAUCAUUUGCACUCAAAGAACCUGGCAAAGCCGGAAGAACCAUCUCUAGAGUUGCAGCUAGUUGAAAACAUCAACUGCUCCAGAUUGAGCAAGGAAAUUGCUGAGAAGAGUCAUCAACUAAGGCAGAUGAGGGGAGAAGAUCUUCAUGGUCUGAAUGUUGAAGAAUUACAACAAUUGGAGAGGUCUCUUGAAAUUGGGUUGGAGCGUGUAAUGGAAACAAAGGGAGAGAAGAUUAUGAUGGAGAUCAAUGCCCUCCAAAGAAAGGGAAUGCAGCUGAUGGAAGAGAAUGACCGACUAAAGCAACAUUUGGCGAACAUGAACAAUGGUAACAUGUUUGGAGGAGAUGAAUCAGAGAACGUGGUUAAUGAAGAAGGUCAAUCCUCAGAAUCUGUCACCAACGUUUGUAACUCCACUGGUCCUCCCCAGGACUAUGAGAGCUCAGACACAUCCCUCAAGUUAGGGCUUCCAUAUGCCGGUUAGUGCGUGGGACUAUAAUUACUGGCUUACAAUAUUAACAAGGAUUAUUAUUGGCUAAAUUAAGUAAAUGAUUGUCGCUUUAAUCUUUUUCUAUAUAGUAAAUAUGUAUGUAAUGGAGUACUUAUUAGUAAUUAGUAGUUUUGGUAAUGACUUCAGGGGCUAAUGUAUUCUAGAUAUGACUAGAUGACAUAUCAUAUGGAAAAUGUUUUACCAAAAAGUAAUUUCCAAAUACCAAUUAGCGUUUUAAAUCAA